GGUUUACUUAUGUGACGCUGCACACUCCGCUACGGUAGGUGGCGGUAUGCACCUUUAAAGUUGUGUUAAAUCAGCCAACAAAUCCCAGAGAAGAAGAAGCUUAAUUGGCUACUUGUUGAACGGCGUUGGUAUAGUAAAAGCAACACCCGGCUUAUAUUUAUCUAUUGUCAGAGAACCCCCAGGAUUCAUCUUGUCGUCGAUUGCAGGAAAGCAUGGGUGAAGAGGUUAAUUUCAAACCGUUCGUGGACAAACUGUACGCCUACGACCAAAUGUACAAUUAUGAGAAGCGGCUGCAAACCUUCAUCGAUUGGCCUUUUCUGGAAGACUGCAAAUGCACUCCUGAACAGAUGGCAAAGGCUGGGUUUGUCCACUGCCCCAGCGAGAAUGAGCCAGACGUGGUCUGCUGCUUCUUCUGUCUAAAGGAACUGGAGGGAUGGGAGCCCGCAGACGACCCCUGGUCUGAACAUGCCAAGCGCUCCCAAAACUGCGGUUUCCUGGCCCUGAAGAAAGAUAUGGGAGACCUCACCGUAAAGGAGUACUUCAAACUUGAGCAGGAGAGACUGUGCAUUUGUAUUAGGAAAGCUUCCAACCAGAAGAUCGCUCAUUUCCGUGAUGAGGUGGAUCGCACAAACAGGGAACUUGAGCUGCUGAUUAAUAUCAAGCCUGGACAGUUGGCAGAAAACUAAGCACCCUUCACAAAAUCAGUUUAUCUGCUUGUUGAAGUACCCUCCUGGAAAAAAAUUGACUCCUGUGGUUUGCCAUACUUUUUAAUGUUCGUAUUGUCUGUUCAUUUCUUAUUCAACCCGUUUCUUUUAAAAUAAAUGUACUAAUUUUAACCGACAA